CUAGAAUCUGGGCAAUAUACUUUAUUUAUGUAUACGAUCUCCAUAGCUACACUAUCGCCAGCGACUAGGUAUCCCAGUUUUUGGAGCCGAACCCCUGCAUCAACCUGGCUUACCAGACACCCACGCGCACUGGCCUACAAAUUUACAUAUUAUUUGACGGAUAAGUAAUCAGUCGACUACGUCCGCCGGUCAGGUCAUCAUCGCGCUUCGAAUCAGGUUCGCGACGCAAAAUAACGGUAAAACGAGGUCACAACUAUUAUACUAUACGGAAAUAAAGCCGUCGUAGAUUAAGACAACCCAUAAUUCAAGACAUUUCCCGUCAGCCGACAUGAGACAGACUCGUCGGAACAGCCCCAGCAGCCUCAGUCAACGGUCGGCACAGACUUCCGAUUCGUCGGAAAAGAGUAGUCGACGAUGCGACGGAUUAAAACCCACAAGGAAGAGGGCGAGUAAGCCCAAAGUCCGAACAGGCUGUAUUAGCUGUAAAAGAAGACAUGUCAAAUGUGACGAAGGAAAGCCGUCUUGCGCGGAAUGUGAGCGUCUUGGACUUAUGUGCGAGGGCUAUGCUCCGCCUAAAAUCAAGGCAGCCUCUUGUCGACCUGAAAGAUUACUAUUGCCAAAGCCGAAGCUUGCCUCGGUACAGCCAGCCAAGAUUGCUGCUCUGUCUCAGCCGGUGGACUAUCGGUCGCCAACUCCACUGAUGCCCACCUUUGGCUUUGAACUGAACGACGACGACAAGUGGUACUUUACUCUGUUUAGGGACCAAAUAUCUCAAGAACUUUCACCUUACUUUCGGUCGAGCUUCUGGUCCCAGACGUCUCUUCGAGAUAGCAUGGUCAACAGAUGCAUUCAUCAUUCUAUUCUUAGUAUAGGUGCCUAUGGUCGUGCUCUUAUGGACCUCCGCGAGGGGUACACGGUCAACGGAAAGAUAUGUCGGACGUGGUGGCCUCCGUCGGUACUGAAUCGACAUCACCAGGCGGCCCUUGUACAUCAUGCCAAAGCGCUUUCUCAUCUACGAUCUAACAUCAGGACAUUUGGGAUUGACGGACGUUUAACAAUGGCGGCAACCCUCUUAUUUAUAGUGUUUGAGAAUAUGCAAGGGAACUAUCUCAGUUCUGGUAAUCUUAUACGUAGCGGUAUCAAAGUUAUGAAGAAUAUACGGGGCGGAGAUUCGAAAUCUAUUUUACGGCGUCAAUGGUAUCGAUCUCUGUCGGCCCCGCGAGACGAGGUGGACGAGAUGACUACUAUGUUUGCACGCCAUAGCGUCACAACCGCGUGUGUCCCGUUCGCGCACGGGAAAUUCGCAUACCACAUCUUACUUACCGAGGACGAAGACGAAGACGGCGACACCGGAUUAGACGGCCCAUUCACGUUUUCGGCUCCGCAGACGCUCGAGCAAGCGAGGCAAAUAUGGGAUCAUCUGAUGGUGCAGAUCGCAAGUUUCCAGAGCAAAAUCGCGUGGCACAAUUCGAAUCUCGAAUACGACUUCGACGAGCCCGCGGCGUUCCGCGAGCAAGCCAUGUACCUGGCUCAACUAAACGACCUAGGCGUCGCGCUAGAUUCGUUGCUAUUUAGUACCGUAGACAGCCGCGAUCGCCAAGGCCUCGAGCUGUUGCGGAUGCAUCACACGAUAGCGUCUGUAUCUACAUCGUGUUGUUUCGAUUCGACAGAGAUGAUGUACGAUCAAUACAUACCCCAGUUCGAAGACGUGGUUCAACGAUGCAAGCAAUUCGCAGAUUUCCCAUCGGAAGUAACCACAAAGAUAGGGUUCAUCAACGAAGCCGGUCGAUUGCCUUUGCUAGCUUUCAUAGGGAUGAAGUGUCGGAAGGCCAGUGUUCGACAGGAGGCAGUGGAGUUGCUAAUGCGUUGCGACUGGCGCGAAGCAACCUGGGAUAGCGAGAACCUCGCGAGCGUCGUGACCGGCAUAAUGAAGCUCGAAGGGCAGUUGGACCCGAUAGAUCCCGCUUGCUUGAUCCCGGCCAAGGACCGCUACACGUGGACGAAUAUAUUCUGGGACUUUGAAAAGCGGCAGAUGCUCCUCGAGUAUACCAAGGCGCUGCCCGACGAGCUUGGCGAGUUCGACAAGGUUAGCUACGUGAUUGGUAUCUAGGACUAGGUUGUCUGGGCGUAUCUUGGGAAUAUCACAAUGGGUUAGGGGGGUUGCGGCACGUAUAUCGACUAAAGACA